CUGGAAUCUUCUGUUAGAUAUUUGUAGUAUCGUUCUUUCCUCCACCAACUGUUCCCUCUUAAGAGGCACCGAGUCUCCCCCCGUUCUAUCUUCUCAAUUGCACAAUUAUUUACAGCUUACUGCGCAGACACUACCUCCUUUAUACCUCUCACACAGCCCUUUGAACCCUAUACGACCCCAAUGGCCGCCCCACAACCGCCAGUUGCUAAUGGCUACAAGGCCAACUCCGAGCUCUUUACUCCUCUCAAGCUGGGGAAGAUGGAUUUGAAGCACCGCAUCAUUAUGGCCCCAUUGACAAGAUGCCGCUCACCUGAGCAUAUACCCGACGAAAAUGUCGUCGAGUACUACAGGCAGCGCGCCAGCGACGGUGGUCUCAUCAUUACAGAGGCUACAAACAUCUCCGUCAUGGCUGGAAACUACCACGAUGUACCGGGAAUCUUUACUCCCGAACAAAUCCGUGCUUGGAAGAAAGUAACCGACGCUGUUCACUCAAAGGGUGGGUUCAUCUACUGCCAAUUGUGGCACGUUGGAAGAACAACCCAUCCCAUCAACUUGGGUGGAAGAACCCCGCUUGGGCCCUCUCCCGUCAGGUUAGAGGACUCCCAGGUCUUCUUCACCCGGGAGGGGCCGAAGGAUACCGUCACCCCCAAGGAAAUGACCAUUGAGGAGAUUCAAGACACAAUUUCCGAUUAUGUUCAUGCCUCCAAGUGUGCAAUUGCUGCUGGCUUCGACGGUGUUGAAAUCCACGCCGCAAACGGUUACCUCCUCAACCAGUUCAUCUGUGACAACAUCAACCUCCGCACCGACACCUAUGGCGGCAGCACUGAGAACCGUGGCCGUAUCGUCCUCGAGGUAGUCGACGAGGUCACUGCGGCCAUUGGGGCCAACCGUGUCGGAAUCCGUUUCUCCCCCUUCGGCUUCUUCCAAGGAACCAACACCUCCGACAUCCACGAGCACUAUGGCUACGUCAUCGAGAAGGUCGGCCAAAAGGGGCUCGCAUACGUCCACCUCAUCGAGCAGCGCUGGGAGCUGACUAUGGACAAUGAAAGCAAGAUGGAGAAACUCUUCGCUAUUGCCAAAGCGAAAGGUUUCGACGCUACCAAUUCUGGGAGCACAGUUGAGAGUGGUGGGGCCGAGGGAAUCGUCUUCGGUCGCUACUUCAUUAGUAAUCCGGAUAUCGUCGAGAGAUUGAGGAAUGGAUGGCCUUUGUCCCACUACGACCGCAAUACCUUCUACGUUCCUGGAACUGCUGGAUACACUGAUUAUACUACAUAUGAGCAAGAGAAUACCCAUAAACCGGCUAGCGCUAAGAUCUAGAUCUCACAUUUUUUUCCCUUUUCUGUCAGCUCCCCCCCAUCUAUUCUUUGCUGUACUCUUUGUUUUCAGCAGGGUUAUAUAAUAGUCUCUUGUACCGGAGGAUCUCAUUCAUAGACUGUAACUUACAUUGGGACGGAGCGAAAUAUCGUCUGGGUUUAUUAUACUAUGCUCAAUUUUUAUCUAUUCCAAGUAAGGAUUCUUGCACCUGAGUUACUUUCAUUAGAAGGUAGAGCACACAGUGCUUCAAACGUCCACCACAAUACCAAUAAAGUAUCACCACCCCUCACCACCUCAAAAGCACAUCAACAACAGAUCCCACACCUACAACCGAACCUCCUCAUCACGAGAGACCAUAUAUCGCAAUCAUCGCGCGACGCGUUGUGAAAAAAACUCCAAAAUCCAAAACCAACCAUCCGGCACCUGAACAGUUGUGUCUAUAUAAUACUCUCCCAUAUGAUAAGUUAGUCUACGGACCUUAGAAACAACAGCCACACAACAUUCAAACCCCCAAGAAAUCGACAAUUUCCCAUUCUAACUAGUUAGUACAAUACAACACUCUUAUCGAACCCAUCCCGGGCUCCCUCCCAUCCCCGCUGUCCAAUCUAGGUUCGCUAUAAGUAGGUACAACAUCAGUCCCUACGUACCAUAAUUCAAAAGUUGCCGAAAUGAGUAUCAUAGACUAUUACAUUUCCAUAAAUUCACUUUUGUGCGUGUAUGCUAUGAUACCAUGUUAUUGGUCUUGGCUAUUGCGAUAAAACGGCGCUCAAAGGAAGGAACAAUUCCGAGCUGGUAACCUCGGACUCGGUGAAGUAGUCAUUCCUGCCAUGGUACGAACAUCACCGCGAGCGGGGGUGCGGGCGAUCAAGGGCGAUAUGCGGAGUAUAUAAUAUAUACAUACAUCAGAUUCUGUGUGUGAUAAGUGCCAUUGCAUGCUGGGACACAAGUCAUC